CUCAGCAAAGGGUCUCCACAGCGACACCUCUCCGGUCUGGUUUCUACAGCACCCACAGGCUCUCAACAUGGCGGGCCUCAAAACUAUCAUAGCGCUCUCUUUUGUCCUAGCAAUAGGCUUCCUCCUCGUCAUCCUCUCCUCCGCCCUCUUCCACAACUACCUCACCCUCCUCGUCGUUGCCACCUACGUCGUCGCUCCCCUGCCCAACUGGAUAUGCGGCCGCGCUGCGAACCCGGAUGACUUCAUGGAGAGCUCCGGCUCGGGCGUGGUCGAUUUCGGGAGGUUCCUGACGGGCUUCUUUGUGGUCAUGGGGAUUGCCCUGCCAACGCUGCUUUGGCAUUCGGCGCAAAUUGCUGGUGGCGCGGCCGUCAUGUCCAUCGUCGGCGGUCUGUUGAUAUAUGGAACGAUCAUGAGCUUUACGUUGUUCUUUCAGGAGGAGCAUGAUUUCUGAGUAGCAGGCCUGGGUGUGACCUCUCAAGCGGCGGCGAGUUUCAGGUUCCGAACAUCAAUAUCUUACUCUGUUUCGUUGCUUAUACCUACGCGGAUGGGAUUGUUUGACUGGCGCUAAGGGGGAAUCGUUAUGGGAAGUUUGUAUGGUGUUGUUCGUGAAGUAGGCUGGAACGCGCCUGUACGAUUGUUUGGUGCUGGAUAUGUUCGUUGCAAAGAUAGAUUAUGACGCUUCAAUGGAGAAGAUAUAUGGAGGAUGC